CUUCAGAGAGUCAGUGUGAACUUGUUGGGCCAACAGGCCUGUUUUCACACUGUAGGGAUUCUAUGACUCUAUAAUUUGCCAAAGCAACAGCACAUUAGACUGGGUGAUGUUUGUCAUUAGCAAGAAAAAAAGUCCACUCAGAACUUGAUGGCGAUUGGGGGCAGUAGAAUUCUGGUUGAGGCAUCUCAUCGAUGAACUUUCCAUUUCACCAACUUGUUUGAUUCACAGAUUGACUACAAACUAUCUAGUGUAGGUCAAUAUCCAUCGAUUGGUGUGAUCAAUGUCAGUAUCACUGCAUCGAUUGGUGUGAUCAAUGUCAGUAUCACUGACCUCUUCUGGACCUGAUGAGUGAUGUAUCAAUUCAUCAAGAGAUGGACAAACACAGAUGCAAUUGUGCUCAAUGUUGUCUCCAGGGUUGAAUUUCCCAAAAUAUAUUGGGAAACUCUGCUUUUGAGAAUUCUAUCAGCUUCAACUUGAGGAAAGUCACAGCAACUAAAUUCCAUUGCAGACAAGAGUCCAUAACAUAACUGUAAGAAAGUGAAGCAUGUAGAGGAAACCUUCAGGAAUGGUUUGGAAUUGAUAAGGGUGUAGGAGAUAGAGGAGAGCUAAUGGCUAUCUACUUUGAAUAGCAAAGCUAUGGCAAUCUUUCCCCAGGAACCUGUACAUGGGCCUGGGGGUCACGUUUAGAAAUGACCUUGGUAAAGGAAUAGAGAGAUGUGCAUAUAGGUUUCCUUCACUUCCCACUUAAAGAAUAGCUUAAAUCUGGACAUCGCUCUCUCAAAACAUUAAUUGAACAUUGACUCAAUUGAAUAUUUUAGACUGAGAUUGGUGACCAUUUGUUAAGUAAAGGGUGUAAAGUGGAUACAGAAGGAAGAUAGGUUAUACAGAGUUUAACUGCAAGCCAACCAAGAUCCAAUUGAAUGGUGAAAUAGGCUUGAGGGUUUGAAUAGUCUCCUUCUGGUUGCAUGGUCCAAAUUAUCUGAAUCUAUUUGUAUACCACUGUUCUACUUGGCUCUGGCUAUUACACACCACUCCCUAUCUUAAAUUAGUGCCUGGAUUGAUGGGAGAUUCCUGAUUGAUGAUCCCUGAUAGCCAAUCAUCAUUGGUGACAUCAUUCCCUGGUUGAGUGCAGGAUGUUCCCAGGAGUAUAAAUACAAGAGCUUGUGGGAAAGAGGCUCUAUUCUAGAGUUGUCUAGGUGAUAGUGAGCAGGAAUAGGGAAAAUGGCCUCCCAAGUGUGUCAGAACUACCACAAGGACUGUGAGGAUGCUGUUAACAAGCAAAUCAAUCUGGAGCUCUAUUCCUCCUAUGCUUACCUAUCCAUGUCCUUUUACUUUGACCGGGAUGAUGUUGCCCUGCGUCACUUUGCUGAGUUCUUCAAGGAGCAGUCUCACGAGGAACGGGAACACGCUGAGAAACUGAUGGCAUUCCAGAAUAAACGUGGAGGCCGAGUCCUCCUGCAGGACAUCAAGAAGCCAGAGCAGGAUGAGUGGGGCAAUGGUCUGGGGGCAAUGCAGAGAGCUCUGCAGAUGGAGAAGGAUGUGAACCAGAGUCUGCUGGAUCUGCACAAACUUGCCUCUGGCAACGCGGACCCUCAUCUGUGUGACUUCCUGGAGAGGCACUACUUGGAUGAGCAAGUGAAGAUGAUCAAGAAGCUGGGAGAUCACAUCACCAACCUGAAGAGACUGGGAGCCCCUGAGAAUGGCAUGGGAGAGUACCUGUUUGACAGGCUCACACUGAACUGAGUGGGAAUUGUGGUCAUAAUUGUAAAUGACUUCUUGCUAAUUCUCCAGGUUUUUCCAUCUGCUGUUUGUAGAAAUAAAUUGGUUAUAGACAACUGA